ACCUCUGUUUAAACCUGAGCAACUAUAAAUCCCAAUUUCGUUUUUCUCAGUUAAAGCAAAACAUCAAAAAAACAAAAAUUAAUUGGAAUUUUUAUAAAAACCUAAUUUCUCUACUAUUCUUUAAAUAGAAACGAAUUUUAUCACAAAAAUAAACAAAAUUUACGAAAGUUAACUUUCUUUUAAAUGUCCCAAGCUUCUAGGACUGCUGCCACCAGCAACAAUGUGCCGUCAAGUAGUAUCAAUUCAGCUGGAAGUGUCAGUGAUUUUGAAGCUGCCAUAGCGGCUUGUGGUUUUGGUUGUUUCAAUAUUUGUCUGCUAAUUGUUGCAAUGUCACCUCUAAUUUCGGCCAUAUUCUCAACAUCAACAUUGUCCUUUAUAUUGCCUACAGCCGAAUGUGAUUUACAUUUGAAUUUGAUGCAAAAAGGUGUUUUGAAUGCAAUGUGUUUUGCGGGCAUGAUUGUUUCAGCCAUACCCUGGGGCUAUAUAGCUGACACCAUGGGGCGCAAAAUGGUAUUAGUAUAUGCUCUGCUCUUGGAUGGUGUAAUUGUCAUUUGUACUGGCAUCAGUCAGACUGUAAAUCAACUUUUAAUUUUUAAAUUUUUCGAUGGCUUUUUAGUUUGUGGCCCCUUUGCUGUGGUCAUGUCGUAUAUUUCCGAAUUUCAUGGUCUAAAACAUCGUUCACGCAUUAUGAUGGGUAUGGGCAUGAUAAAGGCAGCUGCUACUGUUAUAUUGCCCAUUUUAGCUUGCACACUGCUGCCUUACCACUUCACUUUGGAAAUGUGGUUUAUAAAAUUGUACACUUGGCAUUUCUUCAUACUUAUUACUGCUGUUGUACCUUUACUUGGUGGCUUUUUAAAUUCAUUUUUUCCCGAGAGUCCUAAAUUUCUUAUGUCUCAAGGUCGCAAUGAUGAAGCUUUGGAAUGUUUGCGCUUGGUUUAUGCCAUAAAUAAGAGGAGGCCAAAGAUUGAAUAUCCGAUAAAAAAUUUACUAGAUGAAGACCCCGAAAAAACUCAACAUUAUUCAGAUCGUCACAGUAAGGAAUACAAAGAAACCCACAAGACUAUGGCUCAAAGACGUCAACGGACCAAAGAACAGUUUAUUGAAGGUUUACGUCAAUUGCGACCCAUGUGUUCAAGUCCCUACCUAAAGCUAUCGUUGCAAGUUUAUUCCAUGUUAUUUUGCAUACUGUUGGGACUCAAUUCCAUACGCUUAUGGCUGCCACAAAUUUUCGUCACCAUGGUGGAAUUUAAAGAGAAAAAUAUCAGUGUUAUUAGUAUGUGUACAGUGUUGCAAUACAAUUACAAUAAAACGGUAUUAUUGGCAGCAGGCCAAGUAAUGACCCAUUGUGAUGUGCACAUAAAUGCCAGUUCGUAUAGUGAUAACAUUGUGGUGGCAAUAAUUUCGUUUUUUUGCUUUUUAUUAGUCACUAUAGUGGUUAAUAAACUGGGCAAUAAUAAUGUCUUAAAAAUCGCUUUAUGCUUGGCCUUUCUUUCCGGUGUCACUAUGUACUUUUCCAAUUCCCAUAUGAUGACUCUGAUUUUGGCUUCGGUGUUUGUUAGUAGUGCUAGUGUUUCGGGCACUACUGUUAUAAGUGUUUCGGUGAAUUUGUUUCCUACAAAUAUGAGAAAUUUAAGUCUGUAAUUUAUUUACUAUAUGGUUGCCCAGCAACUAACUUGAUGCCUUAAAUACUUAUCAAGAAAACGGAAAAAACAAAAUGUUAAACACUAGUGGGAGUCACACUAUGGAAAACACAUCCAGAGAUGACAUUAAAUGGUUCAACAUCUAAACAAAUUACACGCACAGUAAAUACACAAAGUCAAAUAAGACAACAAACAAAAGCCUAGUGGUUGGUUAGUGAUGUCAUGGCAUUAGAUUACACAAAGCAGCUAAAUCUUUUUUUAAGAAUUUAUCUAAAACAAAUGUAAAGCCGCACUAGUAUUUAAAAAUAAUAAAAACUGAAAUGAUAAGCGAG